GUGAUUACAUUGACAUUUUUCUAAAAUCCUUAUUGUUAAAGGUUCUGACAGUUGAAAGGAAAUAGCCUUUAUCGCUAUUUCUGUGUUACAUUACUAUGUGUAAUGCUGACUGCGCACUGAUAGACCCAUUACUGUAAGUAUGUCUGUUUUUAUCGUAGAGCUGCUGAAAUGAGAAUCAUCAAGAGAUGCUCUCACAGUGAAUGAUGAGUAGAUGCACUAUCAAUUCCCCUUGUGUGCCACUUCUGAGCCUGUGGAGUUUUCUAUCUCUGCAGAAAGUCUAACAGUCUAACAAGCACUGUGGAGACACGGAAGCACUUGCUAGUGUUAUGUAAGGACAAGGAAAUAUUACAGGCAAUAAUCAUAUUUCUGAUUUGCUUUGACUGUCAUGUUUUUUCCACUUUUACCAGUUCCUUCAUUCAUCCUAACACGUUGUAAAAUGAGGACAUCCUUCCACUAAGACCAACACACAUGCUAUUGUAACUGAAAAUGCCGGCUUCACCUAAGUGGGUUACUGAAUAAUGAAAUUAUCAACUGGACUCAUGAGCCAUGGAGCAUGAACAGCCAAAGCCUCAUUUUAUUCUCUUCAACUCUGGAACAACAGUCACAGGAACACACCCAAAACAUCUGUUUUAUGGCAACUCUAUGGGGACACACCUUUUCAAACACAUAAGCACACAUCCCACUUUCUCAUUAAAUAGCCCCCCAGGAGACAAAACUACACACACAAGGCAUUCAAAACCUGACAAAGUCCUUUAAGGGCAAUAACUGCCUCAUUAUUUUCAGGCCCCGGCAAACACUCACUGAACAAACUCCCAGAACAUCCACUUUACAACAACUAGACACUCUGCGACUGGUCCAAAUCAUUGGAUGGAAUACUGAGAGGAAAAACAAUAUCACAUAAAUGCUUCACUAGCACCAGCACUGUAUCAUUGUGGGCUGUUUAUUUCUUCAUUAUGUGAGCAGAAUUACACACUUGGAUCAUGAUAUUUUUGAAAUGGUUGGUUAUGGCCAGGCGGUAAAUGUACCAGCACAAAUGUUCUGUUUACAGUUUCGACUUAUGACAAAUCUGUUUUCAGUUUCCACUAAUCCCUUUUGUUUUGUAAGUGAAUUGCUUUAUAAGUUGCUCAAAAAUCUGCACUCAGUGGUAGAAAUGCGGAGAAAAGAACACAUCUGUAACCACUGAUAUGGAACAAAACUUUCAACAGCCACCAACUCUUCUUUAACUGCAUCAAAUGACCCACAAGAUGUCCUCUCUUUCCUCAUUAGCUGGAAAAAGACCAAAAAAAGAGAUGUCGGUGACCUCAACUGAUUUUCAGUCAAAUGCGGCAUUGUUUGUGUGUUUACCAUGCAAGAUUUAUGACUCUCACAUGUCUGUCAUGAGAGUGAAACGAUCAUGGAUUUUCAAAAACGCAAAUAAUAUUGUACUGAUUUGGAUGUGUGUGGAAAGUCAGGUUUAUUAAGCGCAUUAAAUUACAAAUGAUUUCAGGAGGACAUGUUUUGUGGGGAGUAAAGUGUGAAGCAUCAGAGCUCAAGCACUAUAAGAGUGAACACUGUAUUUUAUGUAUUAUAUUGUUCUAUAUCAGAGUGUCAUUAUGAUGAAAUCUUUGUAUUCUACUAAUACUUUGUGCAACCCAGUAACCCCCUUGUGUUACUGAAUAAUCUGUCAGUUAUUUUCUCCAUAAAGGGCUUGCCUGUAAAAUAUGUGAACAUGUUAAAAAAUUAUUCACCCAGAUGUGACAGCUUAAAAAUAUUCACAUGUUGUUUUGAUCAAGUCUAAAGCUCCAAGACAUUCAGUUAACGUAACAAAAACAAACAAUCUAAUGGCUGUGGCACGUGGAGGUGAAAGCGCUGCUCCUAAAAAAAGUGACUGCAUACCUUACUAUGAUUGUGAUUUAGUGUGGCCCAUGAGAGAAAUAUCAAGAAAUGUAAAUUUGGAAAAACACUAGGGUGAAAAAAAAAGAAAAGAAAUGUACAUGAGGAAUACAGAAAAAAGAAGAAAAACAGAAUGAUACAUCAUCACUAAAGUGAGUGUCCAGGAAAUGAAAAUGUGUCGACAUGAUACUGCAUUGCUAGAUUUAAGCAAACUUUAAAUGAAAUGGCUGUAACCUGGUGGGACCUUUCUAAUAUGAUAAGGCACAUGUGGUUCCAACAGAGAACUCCUCAGAGUUUACUUUAACUGUGAUAAUUAGGUUGAUGCUGUGGUGGCUGAGGAGUCACUGUGACGAUCAAACAAACGGAUGAUAAGCAGAUUUACUGCAAUAUUCGCGUAAUAUUCGCUGUGACCCUCUGAGCACUUGCUGCGUUUUCAUUGGCCCGUGCGUAAUUGCUAUUUAACGCUUCGCCCUCGCGCCCAGGUGAGCAAAAGCAUCAACAACCCAGUGAUGUCUUGCAAACAGAAAAUGAACUGUAUUUUCAUUAUGGUUGUGUUAACCGUUUAUCAUGUGUGUCACUCGGUGAGUUUAGGACACCGACAACAAGUCCCACACUCCACAGCUGCCAGGUGGGAAAAGAUUGACCCCAAACAGGGACGUUUUCACGCGGAUCUCCAGAGCGCAAGUCUGCGCAAAACCAACCGCUCGGGUCUCCAGCAACACCGGCCCGAAUCUGCUGCUUUUGUCGGGGACAAACGUCCACACUUCACUGUUACAAAACUGAAUGAAACUGGCAGCAACGUAGUUUUACCCAGCAUGAACCGGACUACUGCUGAGAUCAGGCUGAAGGCCUCAGACCCAGAAGACGGACAUCAAGCAGAUUUUACAGGUUUCCAUGGAGUCAAGGGUAUGGUUUUGGGUCCAUCAUUUGACUCGGAUCCACAUUUUAUGGAGUGGCUGCAAAUGAAGCCUUUGGUGCAGUGUGAUGACAGUGUCAUGACCUUCACUGCUUCAGGACAAGGACUGACACACCUGUUGGUAGACAGAGCGGCAGAGUCUCCUAUCUCUCUGUUACGGUUGCCUCCGCACUGUGGGUAUUCAGUGAGGAUGUCAUUGAGUGACCUGGAGAUGAUGGUGCCGUACAAUGCGUGUUACAUUACACGAGAGAACGGCAGGUAUGUGUUGCCCAUGUUGUGGUGGGACAGUCCUGUGAAGCUGUCCUGUCCUGAGCAUCUGCCCACUGCUGCCUCGCCUUUGUCCCCCUCUGUUCCUUCAGUCUUGUGCUCCCCCUAUGGCAUGACAGUGCAGAUGUAUGGACAAGAGCAGGAUAUACCGAAUAUGAGAGUCACAGUGAAUGGAGACUGGGGUCCAUUUGUAUCUGAAGGGUGUGCGUAUCUGGUCCACUCCAGACCUGAUGAGCUCACCUUCUUCAUCCCUUACACAAUUCCCUGCAUCAUUAAUGAAGAGGGACUGCAUCUCCAGCUUGUAAUAGAUAAUCAGGAGUAUAUCCUCUCGUGUCCUGUCAUUCCUCAGUUUGCCUCCAUCCCAUAUCCUGUUAGCCCUAUGACCACCUCCUAUCCUCCUCCCCCUCCUCAGAUUCCUGACAUUCCAGACUACCUUUACUACCAAUACCCUGGGCUCAAGAAUCCCCAUCUUCCCCAGGUCUAUCCUCCCGGUCCACAACCUGUCAUGGAUCCUUAUAUGUUGCCUCACUCUCCUGAAAAGCACCAAAUGUAUCCUUCCCCUCCUUAUUAUCCUGAGUUAGAACAUAGCGUAUCUGCCUUCUCUCUUAGCCUAGCGCCUGGUAGUCAUUCCCACCUAGUUUAUAUGUUGCCCCUUGGCCCUUCUCACCAUUCACCUUGGUUGUUUUACCACCAUGUGCCACUCUACUACCCUGCAGUGGCACCUGCUACAACCACUGCUCCUCCAGCUGCUCAGCUCCCUGGACCUCCAGCAAGUCCUCACUAUUAUCUUCAGACACUGCACUAUCCUGCACCCACUGCUGCAGCAGUGACCAGGGCGCCACAAUCUCCUGCUCCCCUCUCUCCGCCUGAACAGCCCGGGGAGCCACAGUUUCCAGCUGGUCCAUAUUUACCUCACAGCUCUUACUAUCCUGAUGGACUAAAACCUGGUCCUGACGUACAACCGCCCCCGUUUUACCCCUACAGUCCCUACUAUAGUUUUUACCCAACAUACUACCAUCCACCUUACCCUCUUAUGCCCCAGUAUCCUGACAUUCAAACACCGAAGAGCAAAAUGAAGCCUGUCACCAGCACUGCCACUUCUACUGCAGCUCCUGCUGCCUCAUGUAUGACAACAUCAACAUCAACCUCAACUCAGCCCACAACACAGACGCCUCUUCACCAGUGUCUGACGGGGAGGAUGGCUGUCUUCCUACCUUUUGCUCACCUAGACUCCAUCCAGGUUAAAGAUGAAAUGAAGACAUGGCAGCCUCUCUCCAAUGUGUCACUACUGUGUGGGUACAUGCUGCAGAUGGCUCAAGGCGCCGGGGUUUUCCUUCACUCUCCUCUGCCUGCCUGCAACAGCCAAUCAGUGACUCCCACAACCAUUUCCUUACCUCUGAGAUUUUGGGAUCUGUCCAAAGCACAGUAUCGGACUCUGGAACCACAAUGUCCCUAUGAAGGUGCCUCUGAAACUCCUACAGUAGUUACUCCAACUGUCCCCCCCGCCCCACCCAGCACCACGGUCUCUGCUGACCCAAAGCCUCGAGUCAUCUGCUCCUCCCAUCAAAUGACAGUGAAGCUCCCCUCUGGUCCCAUCUCUGGAAUUCUUUUUAAAGAUGUCAAAGAGAACCAGAUAAGCCUUCAAGAUGCCCCAAAGCACUGUGGAUACUCUGCAAGCAAAGGCAAAGAUGGCAAAAUCCUUCUCAGUCUCGACCUACACACUCACUGCCACAUGGUCGUGCAGGGUAAAAUGUACAUAAUCUCUGUUGUCUAUAUGACGCAAAAAGGGAGAAGGGAGGCUCGGUUUUCUUGUCCAGUUGUCGCCCCAGCGUCCCAGAAAGAUUGCAACCUCCCCAGCAAACACCGUCUCCCCUGUGGACCCGCAUUUGUGUCCCAGCCGCAGUGCCUCUCCAUGGGUUGCUGCUUCAGCAAGCACACCCCCGCUUGCUACUACCCCAUGGAUGAGUGCACUAUUGACCACCACUUUGUCUUCUCCGUGCCUGCCUCCAUCACUGAGCCCCCUCUUUCCCCUGCCCUGCUUGUUGCUGCUGGCAACUCCACCUGCAAACCUCAGAGGGUGACUUCUGACUAUGCCCUGUUCAAGAUCCCAAUGGAUGGCUGCGGGGCACGCAGAGUGGUGAUGGGGAAAACUGUGAUCUACAUGGUGGAGAUCAUCAGCAAGGUUCAAGGCCUCAGUCUCAGCUAUGGCACCAUCACAAGAGAUUCUCCUGUCAGGUUUUUGGUGGAGUGCCGGUUUCAGCCGGACUCUGUCCUGACUGUGAGCUACCUGGUUAAAACUCCCACCCUUGGUCCUGGAGUUCAGACCCAGGAGAAGUUCGGAGUCCAGCUCAGGAUUGCCAAAGAUGCUCAGUACAGCAGUUAUUACCCUCAGUAUCACCAGCCCCUGCAGAUGCUGCUGGGGAGACCCCUCUACCUGGAAGUGCGACUGCUGAACCCUCCAGAUCCCAGUUUGCUGCUGCUGGUGAACUAUUGUGUGGCUUACCCCCGCUCUGGGACGUCUGUGUGGGUGCUGCUUUAUAAUGGAUGUCCCAACCCCUUGGAUCCAGCCCCACAUCAGGCCGUUUUGUCAGAUCCUCAACCAUCCUCUCCUCAAGGUCAGAUCCGUCGCUUCACCAUCAGCACCUUUCAGUUUCUUCCUGAUGGUGAGCUCAAGGACCCAAAUGAAGAGAUCUACUUCAUGUGCUCCACUGAAAUCUGCUCACCACGUGACGGACCCUGCGUUGAGGGAUGCUUCGGCCAAUGAUGGUGAGGAAAAUUAGCUCUCUGUCCUCGGAUCACCCACCACACCCUCGUGAACUCUGGAAGAACACACGAAAACACCCAUGAAAGAGACUCAUUGCACCAAAAACAGUCUGGGAGCCAGCAGUGGCUGCAUUUCCAUAUGACAGCAGGACAAUGAUUUAGUAAUGAGGAGGAAUUCUGAAUUAUUUAUGAAGACUGAUCCAUUUCCUGUUUUUCAGUUACAACAUGCCUGGAGUUGGUUUGAGACAAAGAUGAUUAUGACGAUCUGGCCUCGGACAUCACUCAUUUAACUUGACCAAUAAAAGCCAUUACAGAACAA